ACGCCCCACUUUCUUGUGCUGGAUUCUGUAAGAGAGAGGCAGCCGAAUUUUCAGUCGCAUUCGGCCUUCAAGCAUCGUCGGAUCCGCCUUCGCGAAUAAGAUAGUAGAAAGAUGAACUGAUAACUGGAAAGGGUUAGUCACUAGUUCCGCAAAGAAGAACGCGGCUUGGAUCACUGACAAUAAUGGCUUGCAACUCCGCCGGCGGUGCUUCUGCUUCAAGAGUUCUUCUGAUGAAGCGUCGCCAUCAUCCCGGAAAUAAGAUUGAAAUUGGAGCAGGAGGUAGCGGCCGACGAAAUAGGGUAGCAAUGCUCUCCCCGCGAGCAUUUUCAGCCGAUUUGACGCUGGAGCUUUCUCAGAGGUCAAGCCCCGAUCAAGUAAAGAAAGAGGUACAGAGCUGUUAUGAACUUAUUCAAAAGCUCGGAAGGGGAGCUAUUUAUUUAGGUUCUUCAAGAGUGAAAGAUGAUCAUCCACAUUAUUUACAAGCAGUGGAAUUGGCAAGGGAUAUUGCAAGACUACUGGAAUGCACCACAUGGACAGGAGCUGGUCCUGGCCUCAUGGAUGCUGCCAUCAAAGGUGCUUUGGAAGCAAAUAAGCCAGUUGGUGGCUUUAAGAUAGCAAAAGAAUCUGGUGAAUGGUCAAGUUCAAACUUCCAUCCCUACCUCCCUUCUGAAAGCUACCUUACUUGCAGGUUUUUCUCCGCCCGUAAGCAUGGUCUGGUGGAUGCAGCUGUGAGGAAUGAACCAUCAGACAUGACAGUCGUGGUUGCCUUUCCUGGAGGCAUUGGGACAUUGGAUGAAGUGUUUGAAAUUCUGGCCUUGAUACAAUUGGAUAGGAUCGGUUCAAAGCUUCCAGUUCCAUUCCUCCUCAUGAAUUAUGAUUCCUUCUAUUCAAAACUGUUGGAGUUCUUCCAUGACUGUGAAAAAUGGGGAGCAGUUGCAGAAGGAGAGAUUGCUUCUUUGUGGAGGGUUUGCAAUGGAAAUGGUGAGGCUUUGGAGUAUCUGGCCAACUUCUACAGCAUUCCUCAGAGUAAAAGAAUAAUUUGGUAAUCGAGAGGAGCAUAAGAUUUAGGCUUCGGUUGAGGCGGCUUUUUUAUUGCUUUUUAGAUCAAUUUUUUAUCGCAAAAAUUUUCAUUUCAAGAAAUUUUUGUACUAAAAAAUUGCUUUGAAAAAAUAGUAAAAAAAUUGUCCCAAACGAAGCCUUGAUCAUGUGGUUACUUUAAUAGCUACUGUUGUUUGCAAGAUAGUUUGUGUGUGUCUCACCAACUACUACAAAUGUGUAUAGGAUGGAUACGUAAGAUUUAUCCUAUGAGGUUUUGUUUGGGAAGAUUUUCUUAUUAUCUUUUAAAGCAAAAUUUUUGCACAAAAGUUUAAUUUGUGUGCUAAAAUUCUGUUUUAAAAAUGUAAUAAAAAAGUCAUUCCAAACGAGGCCUAACUCUCUAUUUAUGAGUGUAGGUCAAGGUACAAUAUUAAAUAAAGGUUAAUCUAUGCAAUAAAAGAAAAUAAAAUUAUGUAGUAA